CGGGACGCGGCGGCUGCGGGCGGCGGCUCCGGCCAUGGACGAGCAGGCGGGGCCCGGCGUUUUCUUCAGCAACAACAACAACAAUAACGCGCUGCUGCUGCCGCCGGGCGGGGCCGGGCCAGGGCUGGAGCCGGGGGAGGCGGCCGCGGGGGGCUCCUUGGCGGCGGCCGCCCCGGCCCCGGUGUCCGCGGCCCGGGCUCAGUACAGCGUCCCCGGGAUCCUGCAUUUCCUGCAGCACGAGUGGGGCCGCUUCGAGGCGGAGCGAGCCGAGUGGGAGGUGGAGCGGGCGGAGCUGCAGGCCCAAAUUGCCUUUCUUCAAGGGGAAAGGAAGGGACAAGAAAAUCUGAAGAAGGAUCUAGUGCGGAGAAUCAAAAUGCUGGAAUAUGCUCUUAAACAGGAAAGAGCUAAAUACCACAAAUUAAAAUACGGCACAGAAUUGAAUCAGGGAGAUAUGAAGCCUCCAAACUAUGAUUCUGAUGAAGGGAAUGAAACAGAGGUUCAGCCCCAACAAAAUAGUCAACUAAUCUGGAAACAAGGGCGACAGCUGCUGAGACAGUAUCUGCAGGAGGUGGGUUACACUGACACUGUACUGGAUGUGAAGUCAAAACGAGUGCGAGCUUUGUUGGGCCUCUCAAGUGAUGCAUCAGACAGGGAAAAUGACAAAAAUCAAGAAUCAAUGGUAAAUGGUACAGAGGCUGAGAUUAAAGAAAACGCAAUGAUUGGGAAACCAGAAUUGACAGACUCUGCCUCUCUGCUAGAGACCUUCAAAUUUCUUGAAAAUGCAGCUGCAGAUUUCAGUGAUGAAGAUGAGGAUGAAGAUAUUGAAGGAAGAGAGAAAACAAUGAUUGAUACCUCAACGAUGGUGAGGAGAAGAGUGGUGUCUGAUAGCAGUGAAGACAGAGAUACAGAAGAAGCUUUGAAAGAGUUUGACUUCUUGGUUGGAUCAGAUGAUGGAGAUGGAGAAUCUAGAAGUUCAGGAGAUGGAACUGACUGGGAAAAGGAAGACCAGUGUCUCAUGCCUGAAGCCUGGAAUGUGGACCAGGGAGUAAUAACCAAACUCAAGGAACAAUACAAAAAGGAGCGCAAGGGAAAAAAGGGGGUGAAGAGAAAAACUACCGAAGAUAUGUUUCAGCCUCAAUCCUAUAUAAAACAGUCAAAACAGGGAUGUGGGAAAAUGAUGGCGCAAAGCACAGGGCCCAACAGGUCAAAGCUGCAAGACAUGCUUGCAAACUUGAGAGAUGUUGAUGAUCUACCUUCAUUACAGCCAUCUGUCACAUCACCUUCUAGGCCGAGUAGCUCAAGGCUUAUUGAACAUGAGAUAAACAGGACAGAUGAAGUGGAAGCUUUAACGUUCCCUCCUACAUCAGGGAAGUCAUUCAUUAUGGGAACAGAUGAAGCCCUUGAAAGUGAGCUGGGUCUUGGAGAAUUGGCAGGCCUUACAGUUGCCAAUGAGGCAGAUUCACUGACUUACGAUAUAGCAAACAAUAAGGAUGCACUGAGGAAGACCUGGAAUCCCAAGUUCACAUUACGAAGUCAUUUUGAUGGAAUAAGAGGUCUGGCUUUCCAUCCAGUUGAACCAGUCUUAGUAACUGCAUCCGAGGACCAUACGUUAAAAAUGUGGAAUUUACAAAAAACAGCGCCAGCAAAAAAGAGUGCCUCUCUUGAUGUAGAACCUAUAUAUACAUUCAGAGCACAUAGUGGCCCAGUGCUCUGUGUGGUAAUGAGCAGUAAUGGUGAGCAGUGUUAUAGUGGAGGAACUGAUGGCCUCAUCCAGGCCUGGAAUACGACAAACCCAAAUAUUGACCCCUAUGAUUCUUAUGAUCCGUCUGUUCUAAGAGGUGCAUUUGUAGGCCACACAGAUGCAGUAUGGGGCUUGGUUUAUAGUGGAGCACACCAGCGUUUACUAUCCUGUUCAGCAGAUGGCACCAUACGUUUAUGGAAAGCUUCAGAAAUUGCUCCAGCUCUUAAUAUAUUUAAUGAUAAUCAAGAAAUGGGAAUCCCUUCUUCUGUGGACCUUGUGAGCAGUGACCCAAGCCACAUGGUAGCAUCAUUUAACAGUGGGCACACUUGCAUUUUUAACAUGGAGACACGGCAACGAAUUCUUACCUUGGAAUCCAACAUAGAUACCACCGCUAACUCUUCCUGCCAGAUCAACAGAGUUGUCAGCCAUCCAACGCUUCCUAUUAGUAUCACUGCCCAUGAAGACAGGCACAUCAAAUUCUAUGACAACAAUACAGGAAAACUGAUCCACGCAAUGGUAGCCCACUUAGAUGCAGUCACAAGUUUAGCUGUUGAUCCUAAUGGCUUGUAUUUGAUGUCUGGCAGUCAUGACUGUUCAAUUCGCUUAUGGAACCUUGAAAGCAAAACCUGUAUUCAAGAAUUUACUGCUCAUCGCAAAAAAUUUGAUGAGUCUAUUCAUGAUGUGGCAUUUCACCCAUCCAAAUGUUAUAUUGCCAGUGCAGGAGCAGAUGCUCUGGCUAAGGUCUUCGUAUGACACAGUGCUUCCCUUUCAACUCUAGCUCUUGUACAUUUAACCAGAUGCACAAAAGAGAGGGAGACGUGAGCAAGAAUCUUCAUUUCCGACCCUGAAAUUAAGAGAACGUUUGUAAUGGUUUAGUUUUUGCAGGGUGCUCUUUUCUAAAUUAAGGUUUCUUCAGGUUUCUGCAAACUCAGCUGGUGCUGAGAGCUUGGAAACUCUCAGUUUCAAAUGUCAACAAAAGAAAUGCUUUUAUUUCUGAGGGUGUGAAUAUUCGUCCAGGCAGGCCUUGGGCGAAACUAGGUAUCUGUAUUCUCUGCUAAUAAAAUGGGACACUAUAGAGGGAUGGUCAAGUAAAUAGGUGGCCUGAUUGCUGCAGGGAGACGGGGAGGGGAACUUCCAAGUGUUUCUCAUCAAGGAAUCUUAUAAACAGCAUACUUAAAUUAAGUGACCUCAAAAGGUGACAGUUCACAUGCCCAUUGGGCUGCCAUGUGAAUUUCACUUGUUCAUCCCUUUGGUAUUAAUGACUAGAUGGUGUUUAGAGGAAAGUAGCUGAUCGUUAAUCUCAGCCCACUUGGCUGCUAGCAUAAGGUAAAUUUGGUUAAAAGGAAAAAAAAUACUAAAUUUUAAAAAUUAUUAAUGCAGUAAUGUUUUGUUAAAUCUAUUAUGUUAUACAGCAAAUAUUUAGUUUGCAGGAAAUGUAUACAUUUUAUUAAUUUUGUGAAAGAAUGUGAUAGCAAGUGGCUAGAACCUAAGGCCAUAGUCUAAUCACAAUUAAGGAAACAGGCUGAAAUAGUCUGUACAUACUGUAAUAAGGGAUUUAAUUUAUUCAAAUUUAUAAUACUGUUUAUUGUUGGUCAGGCACAAGAAAUUAUAAUAAAACUUCCUACAGCAAUCUCUAGCAGAGUUUAGCUAACACAUCUUCAUUUUUUCCCAUUCCUUCCAAAAAGGGUGCCACUGUGGAUGAAAAUCAUGAUUUCAUUUUAAGAAUAAACAUGAUUUCAUAGUGCUCUGUGUGAGCCUUGCUAUCAGAUUAAUGCAGUAGGUGCCUUUACAAAGUUCCACCAGUUUGAAAGAUUCUGCUUGUUCUAGAGAGAUUCCCUAACUUUCAAACCGUUGGAACUUUUGAAAUGUUCCCCCUGUAUGGGGCAUGCUGUGCCAUUGAUCUUUAAAGUGUGGUUAUGUGAAAAGUGACUGUUUAAAAACGGCACCUUUUUACUCAGCAGAUCUGGUCCCUCGCUAUAUUCAGAGUAUAUCUGUUUACUUUAGUGACAGAAAUAAGUUUGCUGGUUUUUAGUCCUGUUGUUCCUGCAGGGCGUAUUGCAGGUGAGAAAGAGUAAGGUGGAUUCUAUUCUGUUGGGCACCAUCAGACUUGGUUACCUUUCUGUAAAUCCAUUUAAGGCAGUGGUGUCCUCAGUUCCACUUGUGGAAUAUAAUUAGUUCUGCAGAUUCUUUAUUACUGGUGGUGAUGUGAGAAGGAAAGAACCCCACCUGACUCUCAAAUCCCAGGUUGAGUUUGGCUAGAAGUUAAUAAAGAAAUCUUUUCUUUUAAACUGACACGUUGGAAAUAGGAGUCAUUGAAACACAGUAAACAUAGGACACAAUGCUAUUUUUAGAGUGAUUUUUCAGAGCAGAACCACACUUAAGCAGAACUCCCCAUUGAUUACAAUAGGGAGUUUAGAUUAACAUUCAAUGUCACUCUGUUGCUUUAUGAUUAAAAAGUUGCCCCAAACUGUUUGAGGCUGCAGUGUACUAUAUUUAAUGCUAAAUACCCUGGAAUACCUUUUACUGCUCAGCAUAUUCAGAUAUUUCAGUUUGUGAUAUUGAUGUACAAUAUAUUUCCAUUAAAUAACAUUAGAAUUUUACCACUAAACAGAUUACUAUAAUAACGCAAAUUAUUUAGUUUUAUAUGAUAAAAAGGGGAAAUCUGGCUGCAAAACUGAGCAUUCAACUUUGUGAAAAAUCAUUUGUGUACUUGACUUGUUCUUUCAGUGUCAUUAUUUUAUUUCUUUUUGGAAAGGAAAUUACAAAGAUUUAUUUGAAAAAUUCUAAAAGUUAUGUAUAUUAUAGAUGUGUAUAUAUAUAUUGUAAACAUGUAUUAAAUCUGUCUUGUAAGGGAAGACUUCAUGGGUGCAUUUUAAUGUUUUAGUAUUAAGAAUUCUUCUCAGUUUGUGUAUACAAAGGAUAAUGAUAAGUAUGAAAUGAAUGUUGUGCUGUUUGCUUACAAAAUAUAAUACAUAGUUACAGGUGUUUAGAUUGCUGUACAUAAAACUAAUAGGCCAGCAUGCUUGUUUUUAAAGACUGUCGUUCUAACUGAUUAAAAGUUGAAUGUAAGAAAAAGCGGCUAGUCAAAUGUGAAUUGAAAGAUGUUCCAUUCUUACUCUUGAGCUCUUGCUCAAACUGAAAAGUGAAUCUUUUAAAGCUGGCAAUAGCUGGAAGAUGAGGUGCCUUUAAAAAACAAAUGUAGCCUUACAAAGAAGUUGUGGAGUAUAUAUUUUUGUGCUGGUCUUCAUAAUUGAUGUUAAUGUCUUUUUUACUGUAUCUGCUCACGUACUAGCAGGACUGCAGGAUACUGUGCAUGAGCCUGUCAGCUCUUCUGAACAUCAUCAUAGAAGUUAGGGAUGGAAAGGACUGCUUAGGCUGUUUAGUUCAUCAGCCUGACAAAGUAGGAUUGUUACCCUAUUGUGCGUUUUUAAAUAGUGUUUUGACCAGUGAGGUUUUAUAUAUGUCCCAAAUGAUUAGGCUUUCGUUGCUUCCCUUGGAAGACUACUCCAAUGCUUAAAUAUUUCACUAUUGGAAAGUUUUACCUGAUAUUCAGUCUAAAUAUUUCUUUUCUUAAUUUCAUCGCAUUAUUCCAAAUUACAGUCCUUUGUACUGAAUAGUUCCUCUCCAUGCUUGGUAUUUACACCCUGAAGGUAUCUGUAGACUCUUACCAUAUCCCUUUCUUAAUUGUCUCUUAGGAAAGCUAUACAUGUUAGCUCUUUUCAUUUUUUCCUCACAAGUCAACUCUCUACAACCCCUGAUCAUUUCAGCCCUUUCAGUUUGUCAGUUUAUUUCUUCAUAACUUGCUGUCCAAAACGGUGCACACACCAUUCCAGAUGCAGUGCCAUCAGCAUUAGUAUAGACAGGGUCUGUUAACCUGUGUGUUCUGUGAUGUGAUGCUUCUUCUCAUGCAGCCCAAAAUUUUAUUGGCCUUUUUGCUGCUGUCAGAUCGCAAACUCAAAUCCCAGUUGUAUCUGCCAUCUUCUUUAGACAAUUUUCAGCAUUAUUGCUUCCCAGGUUGUUGUUUCUUCUUUAGUUAUGUGCAACUCCUCCCAAUUCAGUAUAGUCUGUAAAUUUCAUUAAUGUGUAUUGGCCAAUAAUGAAAAUAUUCACAGGAUUGGACCCAACUCUGUUCCUUGCAGUAUCUCCACUAAACAUUUCCAUACCCAUGAUGCAUUACAUUCUGCCAUUAUGCUGUUUCCACAUCAAGUUCACAUGGCAAUUUUGUAGUUUUGUUUCAUAGAAAUUUCAGUGUAGGUUAACCUGUGUUAUUAAUUUUUGUUUUUAAUAAAGUCCAGUUGAAAGGAGAAAUUACAACCCCUUUAUCUGGUGAAAAUGAUCUAAUAAGCUUAAACAUCCUCCUUUUCACUUCCAAUUUACAAGGAUAAACCGUAUGCUGUUUUUGUAUGUUUACGAUCGAGCUAACUAAAAUACUUUCUUGUGCAAAAGGAUUAGACUAGUUUGGGACACACCUUGGAUUAAGUAUUAUGGGAAAUAUUUCCUUCACUUUUAUA